CCAAUCGAUUCAGUCCCACUUCAGUCGCUUCCCGAAUCGGUUCAAAUUUUAACCAUGAGCAAUUCGGUAGACAUCCACUCGAAGCCUUAUGCAGCGGCAUCACCGCUGGAGCCUCGUUCUCAAUUGGAAAUGUUCCUAGUGGCUUUGAGAUUACUGCUGGAUCUGGUAUUGUGCUUCCUGAAAAGCAUUCCACUAUGGGUGGAAAUUGUGGUGGAGCUGUUCUCUCCGCCUCCACCGAAGAACAUCAGCGGACAAACGGCACUGGUUACAGGAGGAGCUAAUGGUAUUGGGAAGGCCAUCGCUACCGAGCUGGCUAAGGAAGGAUGUAACGUGGUUAUUGUUGAUCUAGAUCAGACCAACGGGGAGAGAACGGCCCAGGAACUGAAACGAUACAACGUGCAAUCGGUGGCCUAUAAGUUUGACGUAGCCGACUAUGAUCAGGUGCGGGAGUUGCACCGUCUUGUUAAGCGGGACGUUGGACCGGUCGACAUUCUGGUGAACAAUGCCGGGAUCCUGCCGUUUAUGUCGCCAAACGAGAAGAAUCCUUCGGAGAUUCGCCGGAUGAUGGAAGUCAAUGUGUUGUCCGGAUUUUGGACGGUGGAGCAGUUUCUACCGAGUAUGAUCCGACGGCGCCGGGGACAUAUAGUGGCCAUCGCUUCCGCGUCAUCAUACACUCCAGUGGGUUGGAUGAAGAGCUACGUGACGUCGAAGUAUGCCGUGCGAGGCUACAUGGAGGCACUGGACGAGGAACUGUAUCUGAUUGGUCAAACCGAUCUGGUCAAGACGACUACGGUGUUCCCGUUUGUGAUCAACACCCGCAAGCAGUUGAUGGAUAAAUUUGAUCACAUGCCGGGAGUUUCCACGAUGCCGAAGUUUUCUCCCGAGGAAACGGCAGUGACGAUUCUGGAGGCUAUCAAGGCCAACAAACGGAAGGUGGUCGUUCCAAAGGUGGUUCGAGCGUGGCAUUUGAGUUUCUACGAGCAUAUACCAAUCAAAAUUCGAAGAAUGUUCGAUCUUACCAUCAUGAAGGGUCGGCCACUAGUAUUGGACUAGA